ACAAUCAUUCUGGCGCCUUUUUAGCACUGGCAGCUCUUCAACACUAUAGAGCACUUUCGUCUGACCGGAGUAACAAAGCGAAGAAACAUUAAAGUUAAUAAUGUCGACGCUUGAAUUGUGUGAAAAGUUCUUUGAGACCCGUGAUGUGUACAAGCUGAUGGGCAUUGCAAAAGAUGCCAAAGAAAAAGAUAUCAAAAAGGCGUACCACAAACUCUCACUGUUGGUGCACCCCGACCGAGUACCCGACGCUCAAAAAGACGAAUCAACGGAGAAGUUCAAAGUGCUCUCUAAAAUUUACCAGGUGCUAACCGACUCACAGAAGCGCGCAGUCUAUGACGAGCAGGGCAUCAUCGAUGACGAUGACGAGGGCAAGCUCACUAACUGGCUUGACUUGUGGAGCAAGAUAUUCAAGCCGCUGUCCGAAGAGGACAUUAGCAACUACGAGAAAGAAUAUGUCGGCUCUGAGCUGGAGCGUGCAGAUAUUAAGAAGGCAUAUCUGGGUGGCAAGGGCUGUAUAAACUACAUCAUGAAUCAUGUGCCGUUCAUGAAAGUCGAAGACGAACCCCGCUUCAAAGAGAUUGUGGCCAGCAUGAUUGCAUCCAAUGAGGUGCCCGAGUACAAGAUCUUCACAGAGGAGCCAGCUGCUAAGCGUAAUAAACGCCACAAGAAAUAUGCUCGCGAAUCGAAAGAGGCGGUUAUUAUCAAGGAGCGCAUUCAGCGCCGUCGCGAAAAGGACGCUGAGGCGGAGCAAGAAAUGUCGGGCGAUGGAAAUUUAGAGCAAAUGAUAUUGGCGCGCAAAAAUCAACGCGAAUCGAAUUAUAAUUCACUAAUGGAUCGAUUGCUCGAGAAAUAUGCCGGUGAAGAUGAUUCCGACACAGUUGACUUUAGCACAUUCGACAAGAAGAAGAAGCUGAAGGCAAAGACCCCGUCAAAACAUACACAGAAGUCGGCAAAGAUAAAUAAUGUGAAGAAGGGUCGGGUGGAGAAGCCAAGAGCUUAAAUGUAUUUGUAGUUUUAUUAUCUCAAAAUUCGUUUAGUUUUAAUUAUAUUUACAGAUAUUUACUGAUAAUAAUAAUAAAAAUAAAUACAUCAAAAAUAAAAUAAA